UUUUGUCUCCUAUAUCAUAUUCUUGGUCAUUUCAGAACACAGUGACAAUGAUCCCAGCUCAUGACAGUCCCAUGGCAGCUCUCACCUUCAACGCUCCGGCCACCAAACUUGCUAGCGCCUCAGAGAGAGGCACCGUGAUCCGAGUGUUCUCCAUUCCUGAAGGCCUGCGUCUGUUUGAGUUCCGCCGGGGCAUGAAGAGCCCUGAUGGCCAGUUCCUCUGUGCUUCCAGCAACACAGAGACGGUGCAUAUCUUUAAACUGGAACAACUGGGACCAAGUGGAGGGGAUGAGGCUGCCACCUGGACAGCCUAUGUGGGGAAGAUGUUCUCAGCAGCCAGCAGCUACCUCCCAGCUCAGGUAUCUGGCAUGAUGAGCCAGGACCGGGCCUUCGCCACCGUUCACCUCCUCUCGUCUGGCCAGAGAAACAUCUGCACCAUGACUAUGAUCCAGAAGCUUCCACGGCUGCUGGUGGCCACGGCCAACGGCCAGCUGUUCAUCUAUAACAUUGAUCCAGUGGAUGGAGGCGAGUGCAUGUUGGCCCACAAACACAGGGUCUUUGGUGUUGAUGAUGACAAAGGUGAAAGAACAGAGUCAGAAGGGUCAGAGGUCACAGGGCCACCACAGGCCUGUCCAUCGUAUGCUGCAACUGCUGCCUUACCAGCCUCUAGACCUGUCAGUGCGACCCUCACUGGGUAUUCUGAAGAUGGCGGGGCAAAGAAAGGCGAAGUCAUUCCAGAGCAUGAGUUUGCUGCUGGACCUGUGUGUCUGGACGACGAGAACGAAUUUCCCCCUAUUAAUUGGUGCCGCAACGGGACUGGAAGUGGCCAGGGGAGGCGCUCUUGAGUGGGUAGAAGGACAGAUGGACAAACAGACAGACAGGCGGACAGACAGGCACCAAGUGAGAUGGACAGGAAAAAGAAAAAAAGUCUUUCAGGGUGCCAAGUUAUUUUUUCAUUUAGAGAGAAAAUAACAUUGAUUGACUUUAACAUUUGAAGUUGACAUGGAAAACAAAACACUGACCAAGAAGAAGUCAAAUAGUAAUUUUAGCAAGAACCACAAUUUGGUCCUCAUGUUACAUAAUUAUUGUAUUAAAGCUACACUUCCGAUUUUGUCAUAGUACCGACAGUACCUUUUAAACUUCCUGUAAGCUGACUGUUGAGUUUCAGAACAUCAUCUGGGAACUGGGAGGGAAUAUCAGAACUUUUAGGUGCUGUCGGCUACUUCAAAGAAAUCAGGGAGUUUGUCUUAAAGGAGUGUUUUAUGAAAAUAUGCGGUGCAUGCUGGAGCAGAAAUAUAACCACAGUUUUCUAAGGUUUAUUACUUGACAAAUUUUUAUUAAGUUGCAUUAUUGUAGCAGCAUUUUUAUUUUUCUUGUCAAUAAUAUCUUAUAUUACAAAUUGUUCUUGUUUUUAUUCUGUAUUGUAUUUUACUGCAUUGACAUGUAUUAAAUGUUUCUGUGUUUGCCACCGGGAGACAUUUCAGAAGGUGUGUAUGUACUGUAUGUUUGUUUGUGCCUAAUAUCAUUUAUUUUGCUAAGUGGCCAAGAGCAAAACAAGUCAAAGAAACAAAGAAAUAUAUAAAUAAAAAAAGAAAUAUAGAGUGGAGUAAUAAUGAACCUAUGCAAAGCAAAGAAUUUGUCUUGUUUUCAUGUAAUGUAUUAUAUUUUUUAACUUGAUAAGGAGCUUUUAGAUGAGGUAUUUAUUGACAUACAUGGCUAUGGGUGUUUAUGGUUAUUUAAGUGAGGUCAGACACAGGUUAAAAGAUAUUCACAGUUGUUAAAAAUAUUGUAUGUGUGUUUAACUGCCAAUACACAGUGACCUAUUCAAUAGUCUCACCAUUCUAGGCUUUGAUUAACUACAACAGCACAAGGUUAUGUACCUAG